AUGGAUGUCUGUGAUACAGUUAAACGUGCAUCGUUCAUUCACUGCCGAUCAAACAAACUGAAUGUGAUCGAAAAGACAAAUACAUAUUAUGAGAUAUAUCUUCCUACUGGCACAAAAGUUGAUGUACAUAUGGAAUAUUGGAGUAACUCAGACUUUCUGAAAGUGUAUAUCUAUCCGUCUCCGUCUGAUGUACGUAAUACCGAAGGAUUGAGUGGAAAUUUAAAUGGACACCGUGAUGUGACUUUAAACAGUAGAUAUUUUUCAAAAUGGCAGUUGCAACACAGUUUGUUUAACACAGUUAGAUAUGAUCUUCCGUCAACUUGGACAUAUGAUUAUAAUGUCUGCAUCUGUCCUCGAGCUGUCCAAGGAGCAACUGUACCUCCUUCACAAUCGAACGGAGCUAAAGAUUCUAAAGCAUCUUGUUUUUCCCAGCAAUAUGCAACAUGUACAGAGAGCACCAACAUUCAGGGAACAUGUAUCUGUAAGGAUGAUUAUGUUGGUGUUUCCUGCUUUGUAAAGAAGUCUGAUCCUCUACAACUGACGGAUAUCGAGGGCGGUGGUGAAUGUGAUCUUGCAUAUGGCGAUGAUUGUCACGAAUGUCUUCAGUUUCAUACAGUGAACCUUCUUAAAGGCUUCAAAUGCAAAAUUGAUACGCAUGAUCUUGAUGAGAACGGAACAGUCGUCCAAUCGACUGAGCACAAACGCAACGGAGAAUAUGACAGUAUAUUUGACGGAUACUGCUGCCCUUCAGCUGCGGAAGAACGGCGGAAGAGAUCAACGGAACCUUCUGGUUUUACUGUGAGAUACUCUAUAUCAAUAAGUAACGAUGGUCUACACUUCGGACCGAGUAGGAAUGUCCAUGUGUUCGAUUCAACAUGUCAGACAUAUGUAGUGAUGGCAAAUGGGGAAUGGAUGUUCAGCUUAAGGGAGGAUACAUGUUAUAUAAAUGGCCAGUGUCACAGGAACAGGGAUCGUAGCAUUGUUAGUGCAAACCUCAUAUGCUGUCCUUUAGCGCAAAGGUAUCAAUGGACAACACGCAAAGAAUGUGCAUCUUAUGAAAGACCCAGAAACACAAGUGAAAACGACAAGACAACUGUAGUCGCAGUAUGUGUAUCGGUGGCAGGGAUUCUUAUAGUUGCAUGUGUAGUGGUAUUUGCCAUAUGGACGUACAAAAAUAAAAAGAGGGCAGUGUCUUCGGCAAAGGCGGAAUCUGAGAAAAGUCCCGAUUACGACAAAUUGUACUUGGGAAACCCUCCAGGGAACACAAAAUUUCAAAGCGGUGGGAGGCCAGUUUUCAAUCAACCCAACAUUGACGUCUUUGUGACUGACUAUGAGCAACUAAGAAAAUAGAAAACUUAUUGUCCAUUUACAUUUUCUUAGAACAGGCAUUCUUUGCUUUUGUUUUAUAAAUUUGUGCUAUGCGUUAUCAUUUUAUUAUUAAGUACAUGAUGUAAGUUUAGUCCUUUAACUAAGACAAUAGACUUGAAAGUAGUAAUAGACAACUUUUGAAAUGAUUUACUGAAUCUGAAUGAACAUAAGAGAUCAAAUUUUGUAAUCUGGCAGGAAAUCAGGAAUUACAAUAGAUUAACAAUUAACAUAUAUGAAAAGACAACAAUGUUGAGAUAAUAUCGAUUCGUUGCCGCCAUUCAAAAUGUAUUUCUUCCUAUCAACGGACUGUUAAAAUAUCCAUGUUAUCAUAGAUUAUUAGCCCUUCUUUUGUAUGUAUUUCUCUAAGUUUUAUUGCUGUCACGUUUCAUUUAAAAAUCAUCUCCAUUUUAUCUUAAUUCCAGUGUGAUUUUAGCACUUCUAACCGGAAUACAAUCAUAGUAGAAGACCAAAUGAUUACUAUCAAAGUAUAUAGUCAAAUUUAAUUUAUCUUACGUUUCAUGUCAUUUUAUCGGUUUUUCGUUUUGAAUAAUAUAUGAAUUAAGUUAAACAAUCCAUAUUUCCUCAAAACUAAAAUUGUACGAAAUUUCAUCAAGUUUUAUUGCUUGUCGGUAAUGUAGGAAAACGUUUCUAUUAAUCUCGAAGUCUUUAUCAAAACUGGAAACCAAUGUUUCGAAUUUAUGUUGGUCUUUAUAUAUAAAACAGGUUUAUUAGCGCAGAAUGUGAUCCGUCCUUGCAAAUUACACGAGAGCCGAAUAAAAAAUCCCAGAUCUAGCUACUGUUGUAAUGACCUUUUAUCAUAUACCAUAUUGUUGUUUGUUGUUUUGUUAUUGAAUGAAAUCUUGAAUGUUUGCCAUGUUGAAAUAGAAAUCAGUGAAGUAUUUGUGUGCGCUAUUUAUAGAACUGUGUCAGGUCAUGCAUAUUAAAUGAAAGAAGACAGGCAAAAUAUAAUACAGGAGGUACAAUACCGUUACUUUGUCAGUCUGUUCAUAUUACCUUGAGAAAUACAAACUGCAUUUGACAGAAUUUAUCUCGUCAACGGACUCUCAGCUGUCACUGUUUAUGGGAAAUGAAUCUUUAUUUUGAUUGGUCGUUGUGAAACUUUAUAUUAGAAACAAAAUGUCGCAAGGCGAACAUCUCUCAAUUUCCAAAUGUGAUUUACUGAUUAUCUUUCUUUGCAAUGAUUUCUACCAUUAAUUACAUCUU